UAGCUUUUGUGGUUUUCGAGUUGUGCGCCUGGGUUUGGAGGGGUGCGUAACGUGCAUAGGGCGCGAGAUAGCCUUUUCCCCGUAUAUCUACUUUGAAAGUUCUAACAGAGAUUCGAAAAAGCUCCACAUUCAUCUUCCCUCCGAUAUCUCCUUUUUCCAAGUGAACACAUAUAAAAUUAUCCAAAAAAAAGGUUUCCAUUGAAUUCGAAGGAGCUUCUCAAAACCCUAGAUCUCUCUCUCUCUCUCUCUGUCGGAACCCUAACUUCUCCACUUUGUUGAACCUUCCAUUUCUUGCUGACAUCUAACAAUUAAUUGAAGUGUUUCUUUGUCCCCUCAAACCCUAGGUGUCUAUUUUGCUAUCAGUUUGCCUUGGUUUCAGUUUCCAGUAGCAAUGGCAACUCGGGUUUUGGUUUGUCUGUUAGUGGCGUUUAUUCUCAUAGGGGACUCUCUGGCCGUUACACUCUCUUCGAAGCUCAUUCAUCGUUUCUCCGAUGAAGCGAAGGCAUUUAGGGUUUCUAGAAAUGGAGAGCCGCCUGGUUCGUGGCCUAGGUGGAGGAGCAUGGAAUACUAUCAGUUGCUCGCAAGCAGUGAUUUGCAGUUGCAGAAGAUGAAGCUUGGGCCUCAGUAUCAGUUGCUUUUCCCGUCUGAGGGCAGCAAGACUAUGUCCUUUGGAAAUGACUUUGGAUGGUUACAUUACAUGUGGAUUGAUAUUGGGACACCGAAUAUUUCUUUUCUGGUUGCUUUGGACACUGGGAGUGAUCUUCUUUGGGUUCCUUGUGAUUGCAUACAAUGCGCUCCACUGUCUGCUGGUUAUUAUAAUAGUUUGGAUAGAGAUCUUAGUGAGUACAGGCCAUCUGAAUCAAGCACAAGCAAGCAUGUAAAUUGCAGCCAUGAGCUAUGUGAAUUGGGUCCAAAUUGCAAAAGUCUGAAACAGCCCUGCCCAUACAUUGUUAACUACUACUCUGAAAAUACAUCAAGCUCUGGAUUGCUGGUUGAGGACAUAUUAUACUUGGCAUCAAGCAAUGACCAUACAUCUAAAAAUUUGGUGCACGCUCCAGUCAUUAUAGGCUGUGGUAGGAAACAAAGUGGUGGUUAUCUGGAUGGGGUGGCUCCUGAUGGUCUUCUGGGGUUGGGACUUGGAGACAUCUCAGUGCCAAGUUUCCUUGCAAAGGCAGGACUCAUUCGGAACUCUUUUUCUAUGUGUUUUAAUGAGGAUGAUUCAGGAAGAAUAUUCUUUGGAGACCAAGGUUUUGCUACCCAACAGUCAACUCCUUUUUUGCCAUUGGAUGGAAAAUAUAUCACCUAUAUGGUUGGAGUUCAGAGUUGUUGUAUUGGUAAUUCUUGUCUCAAGCAAACUAGCUUCCAAGCACAGAUUGAUAGUGGAACAUCAUUCACGUUUCUUCCAGAUGAAGUUUAUAAAAAAGUGACUGCUGAGUUUGAGAGGCAAGUUAAUAGCACAAGGUUGAGCACUAAAGGCUUCCUUUGGGACUACUGCUAUGAAGCAAGCUCAGAAAGGUUGCUCAGUAUUCCUUCUGUGGUUCUAAUGUUCGCUCCAAACAACAGCUUUGUGGUUCGCAAUCCCACUUUUCUCUUCUAUGACAAUCAGGGAGUCAGUAGAUUUUGUUUAGCUAUACAACGAGCAGAAGGCAAUUUUGGGAUUAUAGGGCAGAAUUUCAUGAUGGGUUAUCGCAUAGUAUUUGAUAGGGAGAACUUGAAGCUUGGUUGGUCACGUUCCAAUUGUCAAGAUCUCAGUGAUGGUAAGGCAAUGCCCCUCACACCACCUGCACAUGACAGGCCUGAAAACCCAUUGCCAACAAAUGAACAGCAGAGCACUCCCACUGGGAGGGCAGUUGCUCCAGCUGUCGCUGGAAGGGCUCCCUCCAAACCCUCAUCUGCCUCGCCACUGCUUAGCGCACCACAUUUUCUCAGGAUGAGGUUGCUGCCACUGCUACUAUUGAUAUGCUUAUUUCUUUCGGCCAUCUAAUCUGGACGGUUUUCUCUCGCAUAGAUCAAUAUAUCCAUCGAUAUCGUUUACACAUGUAAAUCCAGUCCUGUUAGUGUUUUUGAUUUUGUCCAAUGUAGUGUUUUUUUUUUUCUUCAUUUUUUUGUGUCCAAGUGGCGAUUUGAUUGACUGGUGCUUGUAGGAAGUCUUUCUUCCCCUCCCCCCUUCCAUUGGGGUUACAUAAUUUGUUUUUGUUUUCUUGUCAUUCAAUCUUUAAUCAUUAGUAUAAAUUAAUGCAGUUGUUGUAUAGUCUUGGUUGA